AUCAGUUGACAACUGGGCAUUGACGCGGGCGGACGUCUGUGACCAGACACGUUUGGAUAUUAGUGUAACAUGAACUAGUGUAAAAACAUAAAGAAAUAAAAGAUAAAAUGGAACAUCAGAACUUGGAGAAAAUGACGUCGACUAGCCUUAUGCUGCCGAGGGAGAAUGGGGAUAAGAUAGUUAUUAUUAAUCCCAACAGUGGCGUGGGAAAGAUACUAAUAAGAGAGGACACAGCUCUGGGCAACUUGCCGGGAUGCUCGGGAUGGUCGCGGGCGCAUUUCAAUUGCUCUGGUGUUAAAAAACAGUGGUCGGUGUUAUGCUGGGGUCAACAGUCGGACAAAAGAUACUACUUCUUACUGGUACUCCUGUCUGCCACCUUCGUACUAAGUCUCAUCGGCACAAUAUUAUUUUGCUUCACGAAUACAAUCAACAACGCUAUAUUAUCCAACAUGGUGAUAAGGAACAACAGUGUCGCCUAUGAUAUGUGGAGGCGACCAACCGUACAACCUUUGAUGAAGGUAUAUCUCUUUAACUACACCAACUGGGAGGAUGUCAAAGAAAGGCGAGCGAAACGACUACAUGUGGAAGAAGUUGGGCCUUACGUGUAUUCGCAACAGCUUGAGCGAGUUAAUAUAAAAUUUGACAAGGACAAGCUGAGCUACAACGAAAGGAAUGACUUCAGGUUCUUGCCUGAUAAGUCCAAAGGCGCGCACUUCGACCAGGUUAAUGUGCCUAAUCUACCACUUCUCGGUGUCAUAUCAAAAGCCAAGGACAUGCAAAUCAAUGGUUUUGCUCAAAUGACUCUUAAUACUGCGCUCAAUUUCGGUAACCAUCCUGAUGCAUUCGUCAAAUUGCCUGUACACAGGUUUCUAUGGGGCUAUGAUGACACUAUAAUCGACACUGCGAAACCGAUCUUAAGCUUGCAAGGAAAGUUAAACUUUAAAAAGUUUGGACUUUUAGUUACUAAAAACGGCACUGUUUCCGAACGUCUUACAAUAAACACGGGGGAAAUUGACAAAGAUAAGAUGAAUAUAAUACAGGAGCUAGAUGGAAGAGAAUUUUUACCUUACUGGUCGAGCCGGGAAUGCAAUAGUAUAGAAGCAUCCGACGGAACAAUAUUCCCACCAUCGAUGCUGGAUCGCAAUAAGACCCUGUACGUCUUGUACACAAAUCUCUGCAGACGUCUACCCUUCGUUUACGAAAAGGAUGUUGAGACAGCGGACGGGGUCCAGCUGAUGCGUUACCGGAUGCCGUUGGACGUGUUCGACGACCCGGCGCACAAUUCCGCCAACCAAUGCUUCUGCGAGCUCGACACCGGCCUGUGCCCGCCACGCGGCGUUAUCAACGUCACUGCUUGUGCUAUGGGUGCUCCAGCUCUUGCUUCCUUCCCUCACUUCUACCUCGGAGAUCCGAUGCUAAGAGAACAAGUGACAGGCCUCAAACCUAACCCCGAACGGCACAUAUCGUAUUUAGACAUUCAUCCGACACUCGGCAUCGCGCUAACCGGCAAAUCCACACUUCAACUCAACAUUCAAGUUAGGAAAACAUCGAUGUACACGUCUCUAAGUUUCCUGGACGACGGGCUUAUCCUACCUGUAGCGUGGAUUGAUAUGGGCGUGGAUGAAUUACCAAAAACUCUGAAAUCGCUAAUAUAUCACGGCACAUAUUCAACAGCUGCUGUGCAGCUGGGCCUUACGGUUAUCUGCAUUAUAUCUCUCAUAGUAUCAGGUAUAUGCCUCUUUGUAUUAUUCGUACGCAGAAGACAAAAGCCAUGUGCAACAGCGAAGAAAAUAACCGAAGAAGAACUUAAACCUCAAUUAUCAUGAGAAAGGAAUUUUUGUUUAGGUUUUCAUCGAACAUCUCUAGCCUUUUAUUUACGGCUUGUAAUUAUUAAAAGUAUAAUAGUUAAAUUUAUUCAGCAGUCAAUUUCAAUAUAGCAUGGAUAGUGAUGUUUAAGAUCAGUUCCCUCGCUCAGAUUUUUCUAACAUGGAAUAGAAGCAUUAGUUUUUAUUUAUUAAAAACAUUUUGAUUCGAUGUCUGCGAAAUUAAAAAAUAUCCCAUCAAUGUAGAGAUAUAAAAUAAUAAUAAACCGCACCAUGCUAUAAUGAAAAAGCAUUGAGUUGGAGAUCUUAGGGCGUAAUUUCAUUAGCGGGAGUUCCCGCAUAUGAGCUAACGACAAGUAAAAAUGAUCGGUCGAUGAAGCGUCAUGUGGGGACUUAGUUGACUAUAAAGCGCAGUGACAUAAAGUAAGGCCUUUCGCCCAACGCAUUAGAGCUAGACAACAAAAAAUCUUGCACCAACCUAACGACAAAUGAAUCUGCGCCCUAAGAAAAUUAUUAAAAAAUUAUUCACGGUUCAUAACUAAGCGUGGACUAUAAGUCAUGACAAACAAAAACUAGGAUCUGAACCAUUUGACGUAAAUUGUAGUGUCUACAAUAAUCAAUGAUAUUUUUGAAUCUCUUUAUUUGUUUUAAUCUGUAUUUGAAAGCGUUUAAUUUAAAUAAUGAAAUGUAUUACAUAUAUUUAUGUAACUAUUAUUUUUAUUUAAGAAACUUCGUCGAAAAUGAACAAUUUAUGAACAAUUAGUAAUUUCCUGCGUAUACAAUAUAUACUAAAAUUACAUUCCACUUGUAAAUAAUUAAAUUUAAGUUAUUAUAAGACAAAAUAUAAUUAAAAGUAAUCGGAAAGCAAAAAUCGUAAGAAAAACAUAAAUCGUUAGUAUAUUUAGAAUAAUAUAAACCUUUACUUGUAGUUAUAUUAUCUAGACACUUUGGUUUUGUUAUAAAUCUAUUUUUUUACUUUGUCUCACGUUAAAUAAAA